AUGAAGGUUUCGCAGCUAUUGUCGGCAGCCGGGCUCGUGGCCUCUACACAGGCUUGGGGGACCGAUGUACACACCUUCUACACCACAGUCGUGACCACCGCCUACGAGACGUACUGCCCUUCGCCCACAACUUUCGUCCACCAAAACGUCACUUAUACGGCCACCACGGCAACCACUCUUACCAUCACGAACUGCCCUUGCACCAUCACUACCGACAAGCCACCCCAGCACAUCCCGACUGUGACGGUCCACCCUCCGCCGUCAUGGAACAACACCUCAGUGCGUCCGCCGCCGGGCUGGGGCACCGCCGUGCACCCCCCGACGGGAUGGAACACCACCGUCACACACCCGCCAGUCAUCGAGACCACGACCCCGCCGCCUAAGCCUACCUACUACCACAACACCUCCGCCGUGGUCGAGCACACCCCUAAGCCACCCAAGCCGAGCCACCACUCCGACCUCACCUCGACCAUCGUGGUUGUCGUGCCCACCACCCCCGCCACUGACCUCCCAACCAACACCCCUGUCGGACCGUCCACCUCGAGACCCGUCACCGUCCCAGGGAGCGGUGCUGGGUCGCUCACCGCGAAUGCCGGUGCUCUUAUCCUGGCCGGAAUCUUGGCGCUGCUCAUCUAA